AUGACUUCUUUAGAUAAAUUUCCUCCAUUACCCUCUCCUGGAAAACUAACUUUGUGUGAAGUUGAGGGUAAAAUUCAUUCCGUAGACGCUGAAGGUGCUAACGUUGAUAAAAUCACGUCAGCCGUUAGUUGUCAUCCCAAAGUUAUAAUUACUGGUGAACUAUUACAUUAUGCUCCUUCACUUAGAGAAGAAACAAAUAGAAUUUUUAUGCCUGUCACAUAUGUAUUUUAUAAAAAACUCAUAAGUACUUGGUAUGAAAAAGGAUUUGCCGAUGCUGUGGAAGAGGCUGCCAAUUUGAAAUGUAAUGAAGCCCCCAUUGGUGUCAUUUUUUUAGCUAAACAAUUGCUUAAAGUUGUUAAUGGUAUCAGUAAAUUGAGAAAUUUCAUUUAUCCUCACAUGAGGGGAAAGGGAGAAAGAUUAAUAUCUGCAGUGUCUCAAACAAGAGAUUGGUCGCUGAGUCCGAUCAGAGCUAUGGAAUGGCAUCCUCACACGACAAAAUUAGCCGUUGCCACAUGGGAUGAUUCAGUUAGAAUAUAUUCAUCUGACACACAAUUAAUUCCAAUACUUAAAUGUAAAAAUCAAUCAUCGGUUUCAUGUUUAGCUUGGAGACCAUUUUCUGCUUCAGAAUUAGCUGUUGGAUGCGAAGAAGGUGUUAUCGUUUGGGUGAUUGAUCCUAACUCUGUCGUCACCAGGCCUUCAAUGUCUUGCGGUCAAGUUUUAAAACAACCUGGACAUUCCCCUGUGACAAGUGUCGAAUGGUCACCCAAGGGUGAUCUUUUACUCACCGCCUCAGUUGUAGAUACUUCUAUGUAUUUAUGGGAUGUCUCUAUGGAAAAAUAUGUCGCAUUAAAACGAUUCGGUGGUGGAGGAGUUAGUUUUGUAACAUGGUCUCCAGACUCUUCAAAAGUAUUUACUGCUACUGGUAGAUUGACUUUCAGGGUUUGGAAAACAGAAAAAUGGAUUUCAGAAAGAUGGACAGUUAUUUCAGGAAGAGUUCAAACGGCUUGUUGGAGUCCCUGCGGUUCGGUUAUUUUGUUUGCAACAACGGAAGAACCCGUAAUAUACGCUCUUCCGUUUGAUGCUGUCGGUUCGGUAUUUCAAUCGGACGAACUUUGUAACGCUCAUCCCGUAAUCGACCUCACUCCCAUUGAUGCAAAAACGGACGAAGGUAGAAUCGGGGGUUUGGUUACUUCGAUUUGUUGGGAUAAUAAAGGUCAUCAUUUAGCCGUCAUGUUUAAAGAUUGUAGUGUUGUAGCAAUAUUUAGGACUGAAAUCGAAACGAUAUUUAAAAUAUCCCCCUGUUGUUUCAUAAACGGACUUCCUGGAGAAGUGCCUUGUAAAAUAAAUUUUCAAAAAAAUUUUCAAGAAGGAGCUCUUCUCACAAUUGCUUGGUCGACUGGAAGAGUUCAACAUUUUCCAUUCGUAUACAGUGAUUUGACAGAAAAUGAAGUCGGUCCUAAAAUAAGAUCGUUGAAAACGUCAAAACCGUGGGCAAUGAAAACAAACACGAAACUUUUUAACAUAAUAACAAAUAGUUUCAAUGAUUUUUUAUAA